AUGUAUCAAAUAGUUGAAGCCAUGAAAUCACAUAACCUGGAGCUUGCUUUGAAUUGGGCUUCCACCAAGAAGGAACAACUUAUACGAAGUGAAUCUGACAUUGAACUGAAGUUUCAACGCCUUCAGUUUGUGGAGAUCUUGCAGAACAACGACAAAGAUGAAGCUCUGAAGUAUGAUAGAACAUGUUUCGCUCCUUAUGCUUCCAGUAAUAUGGCUGCAAUUCAAAAGCUUAUGGCUUGUUUUUUAUGGGUUGGGAGACUCGACUCCUCUCCAUAUUCCGAAUUAUUAUUCCCCAAGCAAUGGGACAAAUUAUCUGAAGUAUUGACCCGGCAUUUCUGCAACAUUAUUGGGUGCUCGGAAUGA